GAGGCGCGGCGUUGUCCGUCUGACCUGCCCUCGGGCUGGCUGAUGAUUAACCUAGAGUCUGCUGCUCUGGGCCCGAGGCGGGAGGCCACCUCUGUGUGCACGCGCGGCCUGAGAGGUGAUCCACUUCCUGGUAACAGCUGAGCACCCUACAGCUUCUCCAGUGGCCGACAGAUUGGUUCCUGCGUUUGUGUGGGGAGAGCUCGGAGGCAGGGAAGAGGGGACCCAGAACCUUCGCUGAAGGCCGGAGAGGCAGAUUCACCUGCCACAGGUGAGGAGGAACAUGUGAGAUGGAGGGAGCUGCCGAGAGAGGCGUCCUGGCCAUGCUGGUGGUCCUGGCUGGGCUGGCAGCCUGUGGAUCUGGCAGCGAAAUCAUAGAGGGUCCCAAGAACGUCACGGCCCUGAAGGGCUCGGAGGCUCGCUUCAACUGCACCAUCUCCCAGGGCUGGAAGCUCAUCAUGUGGGCUCUGAGGGGCACGGUGGUGCUGAGCGUGACGCCUAAUGGGUCCAUCAUCACCAGUGACCGCUUCACCUCUGCGAGCUACCAAGAGGGCGGGAACUUCAUCUCCGAGAUGAUAAUUCAUGACGUGCAACUCAGCGAUGCCGGGCAAGUCAAAUGCAGCCUCCAGAACAGCGACCAGGAUGGAGCCGCCUUCCUUUCCGUUCAAGUCGUGGGGCAGUUGCUCAUUCCUGGAGGCAGCCUUGUAGUCACUGAGGACAAUCCUUGUAACGUAACUUGCCGUGCGCUGAACUGGACCCCGCUCCCAGGUCUUUCCUGGGAGAUAGGGGUUCCCGUGAGCCAUUCGAGCUAUUAUUCCAUCCCGGAGCCUGAGGACCUUCAAAGUGUAGAGAGCAUCCUUGCUCUGACGCCGCAGGGGAACGGCACUGUGACUUGUGUGGCUGAGAUGAAGGGGCUGGAUGUCCGUGAGUCUGUAACUGUCCGUCUCACUGUGGUUCAGCCUCCCUUGGACAGUAUUGAUAAACCAGGUACAUCAUUGCCUACCUGGGCCAUAGUUCUACUUGCUGUGUCAUUGUCAUUGCUUUUGAUCCUGAUCAUUGUUCUGAUUAUAAUAUUAUGCUGCUGUGUCUCCAGGACAGAGAAAGAAGAACCUAGUUAUCAAAGUGAAAUAAGGAAAUCUGCAACUAUGAAGACAAGCAAAGACACUCUAGGGACAAACUUGGAAAUUGGAAAUGAAAACUAUGGCUACCAUUCAGAUGAGCCAAGGACCAUACAUGAGUGGCUGGGUUUGGACACCGAGCCAGCUUCCCUCCACGACAAGUCCUCUGAAGCCAGUGUUCCAGAACAACGCAGCAGUAGGCAACCUCAUCAGGAGUCUAAUCACCGCCAACUGGGCCCAGCAAAUCACCCACCGGUUUCCUUUAACAUGGGCAGUCCUAAGAAGGUCAGGAAUGUGACUUUGGUAUAGUACAGACAUCCCUUUGGCUUCACAUGGCUCUUGACUGAGGACCUACAUCUCACUGCUCACGAUGUCAUCAUCGCUUACUGUGAUGUCAUCACUGCCAUCACUCUAACACUGGGCUCCCACUUUGCAGCAUGACCUGGAAGAAGCAGUGUUGUCAUCAUCAGAAUGGAUAUCUUAUUUUGAGAGGAAGGACUCCAUUUUCCCAACUUCUAAAGUGGAAUUUGACUUUUAAAAUAUUUCAAGAUUUCAGCGAAUUCCAUAGUUACUAAGUAAAAGUUGCACAUUCAUUAUGAUAAUGCUUCUCAUCACUCAACACUCCUGCUUGCUAACCCAGCAAAUGACAGAUAUGUCUACAUCCCAUUGUGAUGUUUAAGAGGUCUUUAUUAUCUACAGUCUCUUGAAGAUAAUAUUUAUGAUCCAACCAGUCCAUCCUAAAGGAGAUCAGUCCUGGGUGUUCAUUGGAAGGACUGAUGCUGAAGCUGAAACUCCA